AUGGCAAGUUCAAAGCUUCCUGAUGUUGUUAACCUUGAGUCGCCUUCUGAGGUCGCUUCCUCCGAGAAGGUCAGCCGGCCUUCUGGUAAAGCUUCUUCUCGAGCUUCCAAGCCGAGCUCUCACAGCACUAAAUCAGCUCAGCCAUCUAGCCGUGGUGGGUUGAGCUCAAAGUCUACUGAACAAGUGGGACAGGGUGCUGCCCAUUCUACUGAGGAGGUGUCAAGGGGAAAGUUUAAGUCCCCUGCUGAAGACAAGGAGACCUCUGGGAGGGGGAUGGAGAUCAUCCUCCUAGGGGAUCAAAGUCCAGAGGUUUCUGGUGAAAGUGCCCCUGUCCCUGUGAGGACUGAACCUGAGGGUUCUGAGGGCAUUCCAGCAAAGAUCGGAGGGAAAGGUGUUGCUGCUGACCCGUCAUUGCCUUCUCCUGGCAAUUCUCUAAAGACGUCGGGUAUUACAUCCGAGUCUCCGGCCAGUGCUGUUGCCGACCUUCUUAGGGAGCAAAUGUUUGGUGGAGCCACAGAGGCCUCGGAUCCACGCCUUCUUGCUCUGACCGGCCUUUUAGCCAGCUUUACCAAGGAGCAAGUGACGGGCCUCUUUAUGGAGGUGGAUGUCCGUGAUAGCUCCCUCCGAGAGUCCGUAGAUCGCCGAAUUGAAGAGGCACGUCUGGAGGAGAAUAUAUCUGCCACCAGUGAUGCGAGGGGCAAUUUGGUAGCUGCUCGGGAGCAGAUCCAGUCCCUCCAGGUGGAAUUGCAUUCUGCGUUGGAGGCCCUCAGAAAGGCUGAAGAGAAAACAGCCGAGACAGCAAAGCACACCUCGUCCUUAGAAGAUGAGUUGUCUCGGACUCGCAAUGUUCUCCAGGAGGCUGAUGAGAGGGCAGCUACCUUGGAGGUUCGCUGUAGAGGAGUGCUAGAGCAGCUGUCCUCUAUGACAGAGGCUCUCAAGGAGAGAGAUGAGGCCGUUAGCCAGAAAGCUGAAGUCCAGCGCCAAUUUGAUGCCUUAAAGGCUGAUCUUGAAGGACUUCAGACUCAUCUGGAGGAAGUAAAGGCUCAGAGAGAGACGGCUUUAGCUCGGGUGCAGGUCCUUGAGCAGGAGUUGAGCACAAGCUCUGACCGUACGCUCCCUUGUUCUUCAAUGGCAAGUUCAAAGCUUCCUGAUGUUGUUAACCUUGAGUCACCUUCUGAGGUCGCUUCCUCCGAGAAGGUCAGCCGGCCUUCUGGUAAAGCUUCUUCUCGAGCUUCCAAGCCGAGCUCUCACAGCGCUAAAUCAGCUCAGCCAUCUAGCCGUGGUGGGUUGAGCUCAAAGUCUACUGAACAAGUGGGACAGGGUGCUGCCCAUUCUACUGAGGAGGUGUCAAGGGGAAAGUUUAAGUCCCCUGCUGAAGACAAGGAGACCUCUGGGACGGGGAUGGAGAUCAUCCUCCUAGGGGAUCAAAGUCCAGAGGUUUCUGGUGAAAGUGCCCCUGCCCCUGUGAGGACUGAACCUGAGGGUUCUGAGGGCAUUCCAGCAAAGAUCGGAGGCAAGCGCCUAGCCUCUUCUGGAAAAUCUGCCUCUUCUCCUGUCCGGAAGAAGUCCAGGGUUGCAAUAGGAUCUUCUCCAGCUCUUCCUCCCAUUGGGAAAGGGAAAGGUGUUGCUGCUGGCCCGUCAUUGCCGUCUCCUGGCAAUUCUCUAAAGACGUCGGGUAUUACAUCCGAGUCUCCGGCCAGUGCUGUUGCCGACCUUCUCAGGGAGCAAAUGUUUGGUGGAGCCACAGAGGCCUCGGAUCCACGCCUUCUUGCUCUGACCGGCCUUUUAGCCAGCUUUACCAAGGAGCAAGCAUCCUUCCAGUCGCGCUCUCGUGAGGAGCUCGGAUCGUCCAUUAGGGAGAUGCUUCUAAUGGUGACGGGCCUCUUUAUGGAGGUGGAUGUCCGUGAUCGCUCCCUCCGAGAGUCCGUAGAUCGCCGAAUUGAAGAGGCACGUCUGGAGGAGAAUAUAUCUGCCACCAGUGAUGCGAGGGGCAAUUUGGUAGCUGCUCGGGAGCAGAUCCAGUCCCUCCAGGUGGAAUUGCAUUCUGCGUUGGAGGCCCUCAGAAAGGCUGAAGAGAAAACAGCCGAGACAGCAAAGCAUACCUCGUCCUUAGAAGAUGAGUUGUCUCGGACUCGCAAUGUUCUCCAGGAGGCUGAUGAGAGGGCAGCUACCUUGGAGGUUCGCUGUAGAGGAGUGCUAGAGCAGCUGUCCUCUAUGACAGAGGCUCUCAAAGAGAGAGAUGAGGCCGUUAGCCAGAAAGCUGAAGUCCAGCGCCAAUUUGAUGCCUUAAAGGCUGAUCUCGAAGGACUUCAGACUCAUCUGGAGGAAGUAAAGGCUCAGAGAGAGACGGCUUUAGCUCAGGUGCAGGUCCUUGAGCAGGAGUUGAGCACAAGCUCUGACCAUUGCCGGAGGGACCGAGAUCGGCCAGUUGAGUCUUCUUCAGAGGGAUCCGAGCUAGGGUCGGAGGAAGACGACCCUGAUUCUGUGAAAGAAAGCCGUCACCCUGGGUCAGAUGUUGCCCCUGCCAUUGAGAGCUCUGGUCCAAAGGACACCGAGCUUCCUUCAGGGGUGGCUGUAAAUAGAAAUAGUGAGGGUGUUCUUAUAGAUGUAAGCCCUUUAAGGACUAUUCAUCCUCCUUCCUCACCGGAGAAAUAA